GAAAAUCCCACUUGUAAAGUGUUUCGUUCCUCGUGUGUGUUUUUGUUCAUCGUGUUGCAGCAGAUUGUCGAGCCAUUUGAAGGCACAUAAUUUUUUGUGUUUUUCUUUGAUCGAGUGUAGAAGUACAUAGCAGCCAAACAAAAUGCGUAUCACCUCGUCCCUGCUUGGAGCCCAUUUCGGCAACUUGGCCAAGGUGCACGGUAUUGUCACCUAUAAGCUGUCGCCAUUUGAACAGCGUGCGUUUGCUGGAGCGAUUAGCAAAGGUGUGCCCAACAUUUUCAACCGCAUCCGCUCUAAUAUCUUCAUUGUGGCACCACCCUUCAUUGUUGGAUAUCUUAUCUACGAUCUGACGGAACGUGAGCACCACCACUUGUCUCGUAAGAAUCCAAAGGAUUUCGAGGAUGAAGAAUAGAAAUGUAUUUUUAAAAUUAAAUAGAUUUUCGACCACACAAAACUAGAAAAAAAUAAAUAGUUUAAUUGUGAAAAGUA